AUGACGAACACAACAUCUAGCAACUGCUGUGUGUUUGGCGGGGGUCUGUUUAAAACUUUGUCUCCAAUAAUUUGCAUUGAAUUCAUCCUGGGAAUGAUAGGCAAUGGUGUGGCUCUCUGGAUCUUCUGCUUUUGCCUAAAACCUUGGAAAAGCAGCUCCGUCUUCCUCUUCAACCUUGCCCUUGCUGACUUUCUCCUGAACGUGAUCCUGCCUUUCCGUGCCAGCUACUACCUGAUGGGGAGAGACUGGAUCUUUGGGGAUACCUUCUGCCGCAUCUCCCUCUUCAUGCUGGCCAUGAACCGUUGUGGCAGCAUCCUGUUCCUGACAGCAGUGGCUGUAGAUCGGUUCCUGCGGGUGGUUCACCCGCACCACCCUCUCAAUUCGAUGUCUGUCCGAAAGACAGUGUGUGCUGCCUGUGCGAUCUGGGCGCUGACCAUCUCCCAGACGGCCCACCUGAUAUUCGACAUGCACAUCACCACUAGUGGAGAGACAACCCAAUGUGAGAGCUUCCAGAUUUGCGAGACAUCCACCUUUUAUUUUACCUGGCACAAGUCUAUCUUCGUCUUCUCAUUUUACCUGCCUCUGGCCAUAAUCCUGUUCUGCACCAUCCGGAUCAUCACACAGCUGAAGAACAGGCAGUUGGACAAGGACCAAAGGAUCAAGAGGACACUUCACUUCAUCAUUGUGGUAGUAGUGGUGUUUUUCUUAUGCUUCUUUCCCAGCAACCUGACCCAGGUGGUCAUCUGGAUCAAAGUCACCUUCUACCCUGGACCCUGUGAAGACUAUGAUGUCCUGCAAACAGUCUUCUUCUACACGAUCAGCUUGACUUACCUCAACAGCACAUUAGAUCCCAUUGUCUACUACUUCUAUAGUCCAACCUUCAAGAAGAUCUGCAAGAAGCAGUUGAAGCGGCUGUGGAAGAAAGCAGAGGUACCUGGAGAGGAAGAUCAAACUCGAGACACGGGCUCUCAGACACUUACUCAGCUGUGAGGAGUUUGGCUGGAUGAUACGCCAUGAUCCUGAACAACUGGUUACAAGACGGAUGGUGUUUUUGUUUCACUUACCAGUUUCAUCCAGUGCACCAGGAGGGUCAAAGGAACACACAAUUUGUAAAUAUUGGGAAUUGUAGUUUUUAUUUCAUGCCAGAAAUUUACAAAACUGUGGAAUUGCUACUGUCAAGGAGAGUGUCCAUUUAUAUUUGUACUGUAUGCAUUUUGUUUCUGUUAAAAACCUAGUCAAACAAUUGUAGAAACUGUAUGUAUUGAGGUGUAGUUUACUGCCAGUGUAUGGAUUAAAUUAACAUGUUUAAAAUACUGAGGCAAUUAAGCUGCAAGUUUCAGUGUGAAAGACUAACUUUCUAUUUAAGGAGCAUGGGUUAAUUUGGAAGUUGGCUGGCUGUGGAUGUAGCCUGAAUCCCAGGGUCAUAUGUGGAAUGUACUGUUUGCCUAUUCUAGUGGCUUUGUUGGUCUGUUUUUUGUUUUACUUACCAGUUUUCAGUUUUUUUUUCCAUUCUUUUUUCAAAUGUAUUACUUUUUUUGCACUGUUUAU